AUGGAGCGUUGGAACGGUCGUGUAGCUGUCGUGACAGGUGCAAGUUCCGGUAUUGGAGCGGCGAUCGCAAAGGAUCUCGCCAAAGCCGGCAUGAUUACCAUUGGCCUAGCCCGUCGUGUUGAACGCGUUGAAGAACUACGAAAGGAUCUGUCGGAAGAUGCGGCCAAAAGGCUGCACGCUUUGAAGUGCGAUGUGUCGAAAGAAGCGGACGUAGACGCUGUGUUUAAAUCGAUCGAGGAAAAGUUCGGUGGCUGUGAUGUGCUGGUAAAUAAUGCCGGAAUCAUGCGAUCGACCAAUCUACUAGACGUCGGAAACACAUCCGAUAUUAAAGCCGUGCUGGACACCAACGUGACCGGUUUGGUGCUAUGCAGUCAGCGGGCGUAUCAAUCGAUGGUCAAACGAUCGGUAGAUGGACACAUCGUUCAUAUUAGCAGCAUCGCUGGCCACAUGGUACCGAAUUUCCCGAAAUUAAACGUUUACUCAGCAUCCAAACACGCCGUCAAGGCCAUUACGGAAACGAUGCGCCAGGAGAUGAGAGAU